UGAAGGAAGAUAUGGAUUAAAAAAGAGCCUUUUUAGUCCAUCUUUGAAUGUCUUUAUUUUUAUUUAUUGGAGAGAAAAUAAAGACUAAACAAAAAUAAAUAACUAACAAGAGAGAAAACUCAAGAGAUAACUCAAUUUUAAUUUUGCUUCUGUUUUCUCUCUCAAGGGAAUCAGGAGGGAAAAAAAAAAAGAACAGAAGUAGUAAGGAGACAGUUAAAGAGCCCUUAGUCUUCAUUUAUGAAUUCAACUUCCUUGCCACACAUAAAGGAAAAUAAAAUCAGUUUGAUUGACUUGAAAAAGGGAAUGAUGUCCUAUUAGGUUGAGGAUCAGUUUUAAAGGAUCUUAAAUAUGAAACAAAGGAAUUAAUAUUUCCUUCUCAAGUGGGAAUUCUUAACUUGGGAGCCAUGAACUUAUUAAAAAUGUUUUCAUAACUGUAUUUCAGUGUCAGUGGGUUUAUUUAACUUGUUAUCCAUCAUUUAAGUUAUUCAAAAGCUGCUAAAGGUAAUGGAGAUCCUCUUAUUAGGCUUCUUCAAGCAAUACUUGGAUGAUUCUUUUCAAGUUUGUGAAGGAGAGAUUUAUUUGGGGUUAUGAUUUAGGUUAAAUGGUCGCUGAGCUCCCUCCCACCUCUAAAAUUGUGAAAUUAUAUGAUUCUAUCACUGAGAUUCAAUAACUAUUAUUUUUGAAUGCUAAUUUUGAAGUUAUUUCUCAUAAGUUCAAGUGUAAAUUUUUUUAAUUUGUUUUUUUUUUUGGGGGGGGGGAGGUGGUGGUGUAAGGGGAGGCAAUUAGGAUUAGAUGACUUGCCUAUAGUUCCAUAGCUAGUAAGUGUCAAGUGUCUGAGGCCAGAUUUGAACUUAAUCCUCCUGACUGCAAGUAUAGUGCUCAAUACACAGCAUCACCUUGUUGCUCCAAGUAAAGCUUUUUAGACAUAAGUAAUCCAACUUGCUUAAGACUUUCUAUCCCACCCACCAUAGAUUACAGAAAUUUAGACAACAAGCAUUCAUUCUCUCUAAACUUAGAAGGAAGGGAUUUGAGAUAAAAGUUUAUUAGAAAUAAUGAAAAACACAAGAUGUAACUUUCUGUGCUUCAGGAAGGAUUAUGAGAAAAGGAGGAAAAGCGUGGAAGGAAAAGGAAAAAUAAAAGAACUUAGGUAGUAAUGGGGGAGAGAAGGCAAGAAGGAAUAAGGGAAAAAGAAAGAUGUUAAAGAGGAGAAAGAGAAAAGAAGGGAAAGGGGAAAAGAAAGGAAGGAGAAAAGGAGUAGAAAAACUUGUAGUAGGAGAAGAGGAUGAAGAAGACAAAGAAGAAGAAGAAAAAAAGAAGAAUUGAGGCGGGUAAGACAAACAAUGUCAAGGAGAAAUAUGGGAGACAUGUCUUCUCCCUGUUCUUUAGUAUAUAUUAGGAUAUGAGGAAGCUCGAGAAUUGUAAAAAUAUAGGCUAUGGUUGCAAACAAAGCACUAAACUAAUAAUUUGACAUUUUAAUGUUUAUUAUUAUCUGUCAGGGAGGCCAAGAAAUUGUAGGUUAGGGUAAAUAAGGACAUUUUCUUGGAUGCAUUGAGUGGUAAAUUUACCUUAAAGAAGAUAAGGAACAGUUGGCAAGGAGUGAAGGACAGGAAAGAUUGAGGAGACCUAACUCACUAGAAUAGAAAGUAUAUGUUAAUAUAGAGGUUUUAGAUUAUGGCAGUCUUGAAUGCUAGACUAAGCAAUUUUAUUAACAGUAACCUAUCUCUUCUUUUUAUUUCUAUGAAAUCUGACUAUACAAUCUGAACAAAACUCCCAGCAUGGGAAGUUCUGCCAAUGGCACAGGGUUACCUCCCUUCACCUUAACUGGUCUCCCAGGUCUUGAAGCUUCCCAGCACUGGAUGUUCCUGCUGCUUGGAGUCCUCUACACUGUCUCCAUUGUGGGAAAUAGCCUAAUUCUCUUCAUUGUCAAAGAAGAACAGAGUCUGUACCAGCCCAUGUACUAUUUCUUGUCCUUGCUUUCUGUCAAUGACCUUGGUGUGUCCUUGUCUACACUGCCCUCAGUGUUAGCCACUUUCUGCUUCCAUAUUGAGCAGAUUGCCUUUGAUGCAUGUAUGACACAGAUGUUCUUUAUACAUCUCUUCUCUUUCAUGGAGUCUGGGAUCCUACUAGCCAUGAGCUUUGAUCGUUAUGUAGCUAUCUGCAACCCACUGAGGUACUCUACCAUUCUCACUGACACUCGAGUUGUACAAAUGAGCCUGUUCAUUGGUAUACGCAGUUUCUGUGUGGUUUUUCCAUUGCCCUUCCUUCUGAAGCGUCUGCCCUUCUGCAAAGCCAAUAUCUUGUCCCAUGCUUACUGCCUGCACCCAGACCUAAUCCGUCUACCAUGUGGGGACAUCACUAUUAAUAAUAUCUUUGGUCUUUGCAUUGUCAUCUCUACCUUUGCCCUGGAUUCUAUACUUAUCUUCUUCUCUUAUAUUCUUAUUCUUCGCUCUGUGCUGGCUAUUGCUUCCCAAGAAGAGAGGCUUAAAACACUCAAUACUUGUGUAUCUCACAUAUGUGCAGUACUUAUUUUCUAUGUGCCCAUGGUGGGUGUAUCCAUGGUGCACCGUUAUGGGAGAUAUGCACCACCAUAUGUGUUUACACUAAUGUCCCUUGUCUACCUCUUUGUCCCUCCCAUGCUCAAUCCUGUUAUCUAUUCUAUUAAGACAAAAGAGAUCCGUAGGAGGCUCAUCAAGUUAUUCUCUGUGAAUAAACCCUAA